AUGGCCCAUGGACUUCACCACCGCCACCAAUAUCUUCCGUUUGAGUCCGCCGACAAAAAUAAAGCCGACACCGCUUCCGCCGCAUCUCUCACCUCCCAAAACCAUCUCAACGUCCUCGACAAAGCCCAACGUCACCACAGCGCCACUCACAACUUCUCCGCCAAAUACGUCCCCUUGGACACCAUUUCCACCAACUUCACCACUACGGAAUCGUACUCUCUCGACGAAAUUGUUUAUCGUAGCCGUUCUGGUGGCCUCUUAGACGUCCAACACGACAUGGAGGCCUUAAAGCAGUUCGACGGGCAGUACUGGAAAUCCUUGUUCGACUCGCGUGUCGGAAAUAUCACGUGGCCGUACGGGUCCGGAGUCUGGUCAAAGAAAGAAUGGGUUUUACCCGAGAUAAACAGUGACGACAUUGUCAGCGCAUUCGAAGGUAAUUCCAACCUUUUCUGGGCUGAGCGUUUCGGCCAACAAGUUCUGGGCAUGCAUGAUUUGUGGGUAAAGCACUGUGGCAUUAGCCACACUGGUAGUUUCAAGGAUUUGGGCAUGACAGUUCUGGUAAGCCAAGUCAAUCGGUUGCGUAAAAUGAACCGUCCCUUGGUCGGCGUAGGUUGCGCCUCCACCGGAGACACCUCCGCCUCCUUAUCAGCCUAUUGUGCAGCAGCCAAUAUUCCUUCAAUUGUUUUCUUACCGGCAAACAAGAUUUCAAUGGCGCAAUUGGUUCAACCCAUAGCAAACGGGGCCUUCGUGGUGAGCAUUGAUACAAAUUUUGAUGGUUGUAUGAAACUAAUACGUGAAGUUACAGCUGAAUUGCCUAUAUAUUUACCACAUUCACUGAAUAGUUUGAGGCUUGAAGGCCAAAAAACGGCAGCAAUUGAGAUUUUGCAGCAAUUUGACUGGCAAGUGCCGGAUUGGGUUAUAGUUCCCGGAGGCAAUUUGGGGAAUAUAUACGCAUUUUACAAAGGUUUCAAAAUGUGUCAAGAAUUGGGUUGUGUUGAUAGAGUUCCAAGGCUUGUUUGUGCUCAAGCGGCGAACGCCAAUCCAUUGUAUUUGCAUUACAAAUCAGGCUGGAGUGAAUUCCAACCUGUUAAAGCUACUAGUACAUUUGCCUCAGCUAUUCAAAUUGGUGAUCCUGUGUCCAUAGAUAGGGCAGUGUUUGCUCUGAAGAACGCGAAUGGCAUUGUAGAGGAAGCGACCGAGGAGGAAUUGAUGGACGCCAUGGCGCUAGCUGAUUCUAAUGGGAUGUUUGUUUGCCCUCACACCGGGGUUGCAUUAUCGGCAUUGAUUAAGAUUAGAAAUAGUGGGAUAAUUGGUCCGACUUAUAGGACUGUGGUGGUUAGCACAGCGCAUGGGUUGAAGUUUACACAGUCGAAGAUUGAUUAUCAUUCUAAGAAGAUUGAGGAUAUGACUUGCCAGUUUGCGAAUCCGCCGGUGCAAGUGAAGCCGGAUUUUGGGGCAGUCAUGGAUGUUCUUAGCAAGUGCCUAAAGAAAGCAUAA